ACCGGGGGGUUGGCGUUAAUAACAAAAUAACAAGAAAAAAUAAAUAAUUAAAUAAAUUAAAUAAUAAAAAUUGUCCCAUAUUUAUUUAUUUUACUUCAUAUUUUUGAUAACUGACUUAAUUUAUGAAAUUUCUGUAAGGUAAUAUACCUUUGAAGAUAGAUGAUAUUAACCAACGUUUUGUUGAGACCGGCACGAAAUAUGGCUUAUUAUGCAGUGGCGAUAGGACGACAAGUGGGUAUAUAUGAUACCUGGGCAAAGUGUGAAGAACAAAUAAAGGGUUAUCGUGGGGCAAGAUAUAAGAAAUUUCCUACCAAAAGUGCUGCAGAAGAUUUUAUUAAUGGCUACAAUAAACCAUUGGCUGAUGCAAAACCACCGGCUCCUUCUAAAUCCUGGACACCGGCUACUUCCAAGAGUAAAUGUGCACCAGUAAAACAAAUUGAAGAUUUUUGGCCACCAAGUGAUGGUGAUAACUUUGACGACAAUGAGUUAACCGAUGAGGAUUUGUUAAUGGCAUUGGCUGAAGUGGAAGGUCUACCACAGCCUUCCUCCAAAUCAUUGAAACGUAAAAAUGAAGACUACCCGGGUCACAGUUCCAGUAAGAUGCUAAGAUAUGAAUCGACAAUUUGUGAAUCGUCGGGCUUAAAACAUAUAGGCGAUUAUGAAUUUAACAUCGAUUCUGAAGGCUAUGUCAUAGUCUACACAGAUGGUUCUUGUUUCAAUAAUGGCCGGGCAAAUGCAUGUGCAGGAUUUGGUGUCUGGUUUGGAGAUAAUCAUCCUUUAAAUGCAGGUAAACCUGUUGGUGGCCGUGUCACAAAUAAUGUUGGUGAGAUCCAAGCCUCAAUUUAUGCCAUAAAAAUUGCCAAAAAUCUAGGCAUUGAAAAGUUAUGCAUUUCCACGGACUCACAAUUCCUCAUCAAAUCCAUUACGAUGUGGAUAAAGGGCUGGAAGGCAAAGAAUUGGCGUCUAAAGAAUGGCGAUCCUGUUAAGAAUGUAGUUGAUUUCAAGGAAUUGGAUAGUCUGUUGAGUGAUGGCCAAAUAAACAUUAAAUGGAAUUAUGUUGCCGGACACAAAGGCAUCAGAGGAAAUGAAAUGGCCGAUCAGCUGGCCAGAGAAGGCUCGGAGAUUUAUAAAAGAUUGUAUUUGAAAAAAUAAAAAAUAUGUAUCUACUUAGUUAUGUUCAGUCAA